UGCCCAACAUUGCUGCACAUCAGUGCCCAACAAUGCUGCCCAGCAGUGCUGCUAAUCUGUGCCAGUCAGUGCUGCACAUCAGUGCUGCCAGUCAGUACCCCAGUCAGUGCCCUUCAGUGCUGCCUAUUAGUGCCCAUCAGUGCCAUCUAUCAGUGUUCAUCAUUGUCCCCUAUCAGUGUCGCAUAUCAGUGCCUCCUCAUCAAUGCUCACCAAUGCUGCCUCAUCAGUGCAGGCUACCAGUGUCCAUCAGUGCAGCCUCAUCAGUGCACUGACCAGUGCAGCCUAUCAGUCCAAUAAUUCAGUGCUGCUAAUCUGUGCCAGUCAGUGCUGCCCAUCAUUGCCGUCAGUACCACCAGUCAGUGCCCUCAAGUGCUGCCUAUUAGUGCUCAUCAGUGCCACCUAUCAG